AUGGGUGAUCGAUACAAUAUUCAUACCCAGUUAGAACAUUUGCAGUCGAAAUAUGUUGGUACAGGUCAUGCUGACACCACCAAGUGGGAAUGGCUAACAAACCAGCAUAGAGAUAGUUGUGCAUCCUAUCUGGGUCACUUCGACACACUUAACUUGUUUGCUAUAUGCGAAAAUGAGUGCAAGGCGAGAGUUCGAUUUAACCUUCUCGAGAAAAUGCUUCAGCCAUGUGGCCCUCCUCCAGAACGUCCUGAGGCAUAG